UCAUCAUGGCCUCAUGGGUGCCAAUGGAUGAUGCAGAUCUGGGACAGAUGAGACGACAAUUGGGCAAUAAUGCCCAACUCCAACUCCAUGUAGAGAAGGAAAUUUCGAACGGAGGUCGCUUUCUAUAUUUCUCUUGUCCUCUUCUUCUCCCCUUCGUCCUCGCUACCAUCGCCCUAUUAAUAUUCCUCAAAAUCCAAAUUUGAGACAACCCGAAUUCAGUCCUCAGCGAGUCGGAAACGCGCCGAAAGACGAACUGGAGGCGCCCCCCCAAAUCUUGAGAUCGCAGGAUGGAUGGACAUACAAAUGGCACUAAUGGUUCCUGCUCUAAGCCAUGCGAGCCAUUAACAGACUACUGCAUCCCUGAUUACAUUCUGAAUCCUGACUCUGAACAAGUCCUCGUUGAUCAGGCACCAUGUUGCCCUGUAGUAGUAUUCAUCAACUCUAGAAGUGGCGGCCAACUCGGAAGCAGUUUGAUCAAAACGUAUCGUGAGCUUCUCAAUAAAGCGCAGGUUUUUGAUUUAUCAGAAGAGGCUCCUGAAAAGGUGCUUCACAGAUUGUAUUGCAACUUUGAGAAGCUCAAGUCUAAUGGCGACCCUAUUGCUUUUCAAAUUCAGAGCAACCUAAGACUAAUUGUUGCUGGUGGUGAUGGCACAGCAAGUUGGCUGCUUGGUGUAGUUAGUGACCUUAAGCUCUCUCACCCACCUCCUAUUGCAACUGUGCCUCUGGGAACUGGAAACAACCUUCCAUUCUCAUUUGGAUGGGGGAAGAAGAACCCAACCACUGACCAAGAGGCGGUGAAAUCAUUUCUUGGACAAGUUAAAAAAGCAAGAGAAAUGAAUAUUGAUAGUUGGCAUAUCAUCAUGAGGAUGCGAGCUCCACAGGAAGGUCCAUGUGAACCUAUUGCUCCGUUAGAGCUGCCUCACUCAUUGCAUGCAUUCCACCGUGUAUCAGGAAGCGAUUCACUUAAUAUGGAGGGCUACCACACAUACCGUGGAGGAUUUUGGAAUUACUUUAGUAUGGGGAUGGAUGCACAAGUGUCUUACGAAUUUCACUCUGAGAGGAAGAGAAAUCCCGAGAAGUUCAAGAACCAGCUAACAAAUCAGAGUACAUAUGCUAAGCUUGGACUUAAACAAGGAUGGUUUGCUGCUUCACUAACUCACCCAUCCUCGAGGAACAUUGCUCAACUUGCAAAGGUGCGGAUCAUGAAAAGACCUGGUGGCCAAUGGGAAGAGCUUAAGAUUCCUCGCAGCAUUCGAUCAAUCGUCUGUCUGAAUCUGCCAAGUUUUUCUGGAGGACUGAAUCCUUGGGGAACACCUGGCACCAGGAAAGUACAAGAUAGAGACCUGACUGCACCAUUUGUCGACGACGGCCUUAUCGAGGUUGUCGGCUUUCGCGAUGCCUGGCACGGUCUUGUCUUGCUUGCCCCUAAUGGCCAUGGAACUCGUCUAGCACAGGCCCAUAGAAUCCGGUUCGAGUUCCACAAAGGAGCAGCCGAGCACACGUUCAUGAGGAUCGAUGGGGAGCCAUGGAAGCAGCCUCUUCCCAAGGACGAUGACACCGUGGUCGUCGAGAUCUCUCACCUCCGUCAGGUCACCAUGCUCGCCAGCGACCCGUGCAAGUCGAAGAGCGUCAACGACCCCUCGUCGCCGAUGUGCUGUAGCAACCACGACGACGACGAGCGCAACAGCUUGGAGGACGAAGAUGAGUGGGAGGAGGGGAGGAAGAAGUUUGGUGCAGCUGAUACGUUCAAGUUCCCUGAUGAGGUUGAUGUUGCUCACCUUAGCUGAGCUAUAAGUGAUUCAGAGUUCAGAUUUCAGAAUGUUCGCUACUACUGUUAGCGAUACUGCCUUUUUGGGGGUUUAUAUAUACUACUAGUUUAUUAGUUAUCAGCCCUGUGUAGAUUCGACCGGCUGUAUUCGAGAACUGCAAAAUUUUCCGAGUAAUGUCAUAUUUUCAUGCAACGCAAUUGGUCUAUUCCCAGAAAAUCAUGUCCCAAAACAAACUUCUUGUCC